AUGCCGAGUCGAGUCCGUCAAACGGCGGUUGGUCAGGAAGUGGAUUCAGCGUUUCUCAGGCCGGAAACAGCGUUUCUCAGGCCGGAAACAGCGUUUCUGAGGUCAGAAGCAGCGUUUCUCAGGCCAGAAGCAGCGUUUCCCAGGCCGGAAGCUUUGGCGGAACGGCAUCAGCGAGUGGCUCGGGAGCACACGUUAAGAUCAUAG